AUGGCCGCAAGGAGGUACGACUCCCGCACCACCAUCUUCAGCCCCGAGGGCCGCCUGUACCAGGUGGAGUACGCCGUGGAGGCCAUCUCAAACGCGGGCGCGGCCAUCGGGGUCCUGGCGACAGACGGCGUGGUGUUGGCGUCGGAGAAGAAGAUUGCGUCCAAGCUGCUGGACACAGGCGCUGUUGGGGUGAAGCGAGAGAAAAUGUACAAGCUGGAUGACCACAUCGCGUGUGCAGUGGCAGGCAUCACAGCGGAUGCCAACAUCUUGAUAAACCACUGCCGUGUUUCUGCCCAGCGGUACACGUACACAUACCAGGAGCCAAUGCCUGUUGAGCUGUUGGUGAGGGGAUUGUGUGACACAAAGCAGGCGUACACCCAAUUUGGAGGACAGAGACCAUUUGGUGUGGCAAUUCUGUAUGCUGGAUGGGAUGAGCAGUAUGGCUACCAGCUGUACCAGAGCGAUCCAAGUGGAAACUACAGCGGAUGGAAGGCAACUGCCAUUGGCGCCAACCACCAAGCGGCAACGAACAUUUUGAAGCAGGAUUACAACGAAGGCCUCAAUAUGGAGGAGGCUGUGAAUCUUGUGAUAAAAGUGCUGGGCAAGAGCAUGGACACCACACUGUCACCAGAAAAGGUGGAGCUGUGCUCACUGUCCAGGAGCGAGGACACUGGGAAGAUUACCUACAAGGUGUACGAAGAGCAGGAGCUGAAGCCCUUGCUGGAUGCUGCUAAUCAAGAAAAGGAGGCUGGAACCUCGUCGUGA